GGCUCCCGGAGCUGACGUUGCAAGAGGAGGAAAUGGGAGCGCAGAAGCCGGGGUGUCGGGGGUAGGGUUUGAGGAGGGUGAAGAGUGGGUUCUGAGGGUGAGUGAAUGCCCUGGGGUAAAAUACCAGGGGGUUGCGGUUUCCUGUUACUGACCAGUGAUUGAACAGCAGGGUCUCCUCCCUCACUGACCCACCCUCCCCACCCCUGUGCCCGUUCUCUACUACCCCACCCUCCCCUCCCCUGUAUCCAUUCUCUGCUGCCCCACCCUCCUCUCCCCUGUACCCAUUCUCUACUGCCCCACCCUCCCCACCCCUGUACCCGUUCUGUACUGCCCCACCCCUGUGCCCGUUCUCUACUGCCCCACCCUCCCCACCCCUGUGCCCGUUCUCCCUUCCACCAGGGUAACCAUGAGUGGAGCGGCUUUGGGCAUCGAUAUCGUGGCAGUUUUCUUCCUGGCUCUGCUCGUUCUCUAUCGCUACGCUGACUUCAGGAAGCAGCACCGCCUGGUGAUUGUCGCCACACUCCUGGCCUGGUACCUCUGCUUCCUCAUCGUCAUCAUCCUACCACUGGACGUCACCACGACCAUUUACAGACAAUGUAAAGUCGACAAGUCCAAGAUUUUACCCACAGCAGCCUCCAACUCCACAAAGGCAUUUAUCGUGAGCACUGCCAACUCCUCCCACGGCGAGGCCAGUUCCCAGCUGCCUCAGGAAUGCUUUAAACCCUGGAGUUACAUUCCCAGUGGGAUUCUGCCUGUCUUUUGGCGUGUGGUUUAUUGGACAUCCCAGUUCCUGACUUGGAUCCUGCUGCCCUUCAUGCAAUCGUACGCUCGCUCAGGCGAUUUCUCCAUCACCGGCAAGAUUAAAACUGCUCUGAUCGAGAACGCCAUCUACUACGGAACCUACCUGCUGAUAUUCGGAGCACUCUUAAUCUACGUGGCAGUUCACCCCGGGCUGAGGCUCGACUGGUACCAGCUGCAAACCAUAGGCAUCACGGCUGCCAAUACCUGGGGCCUCUUCCUGCUGGUGCUCCUGCUGGGGUAUGGCCUGGUGGAACUGCCUCGCUCCUACUGGCAGGCAGCACAACGCGGACACCUACUGGCAAAGGCCCAGUUCAAGGCAGCCAAACUCAUGACCGAAAAGGUGGAUGCAGAGGAAACACUGGAGGAUGUGAUGGAGGAGGUGAGGAAGCUGAAUGACACAGUCAAAUACAACCACCCCCUCAGGAAGUUUGUGGACACCAUUCUCCGGAAGUGCCCCACAGAGUACCAGGAGAGGAUGGGCAGGAACAUGGAUGACUACGAGGACUUUGAUGAGAACACAAACACCUAUCCGAGUGAGAGGAGCUUGGUGAAGUUGCACAAACAGGUGAUAUACGCUGUACAGCGAUACCAGCGGACCCGGGUACAGUGGGACAUGCUGCUGGCACAGGCAUUCCACCUGGAGGACGUGGCACGGAACCAGAGCAGCACCAGCCGACACUUUGUCCCGGGAUUCCAGAACUGCGAGUCCAGGGGCUGGUUCACCCACUACGUCUACACCCCCCGUGUCGAGUGGUACUGGGAGUGUGUGCUUCGCGGAUGGUGUUACCGAGCCCUGGCUCUGGUGCUGGCUGCCUUCUCGGUGCUGGUGGUCUGGUCUGAGUGCAGCUUCUUCAGUACCAACCCCGUCCUCUCACCCUUCGCCAUCUUUAUCAGCCUGGCCCAGUCCACCUACAACUACCUGCACAUUCAGAUGGCCUGUUUCAUCAGCAUCUCCUUCCUGAGCAUUUGUGUCUACUGGACAGUGUUCCGCAUUCGGGUAUUUAACUACUACUACCUGGCUGCUCACCACCAGACUGACGCCUACAGCCUGCUCUUCAGUGGCAUGCUGUUCUGUCGACUGACCCCACCGCUGUGUCUCAACUUCCUGGGGUUGAUCCACAUGGAUUCUGCAAUCUCUCACCAGGCCCGCGAGCAGACGGCGUACACGUCGAUCAUGGGCUCGAUGAAAGUGAUACCGUUCAUCGCAGAUGGCUUCUACAUCUACUACCCCAUGUUGGUGCUGAUCCUCUGUAUCGCCACAUACUUCAGCCUCGGUACUCGCUGCCUGAAUCUCCUUGGGUUCCAACAGUUCAUGGGAGACAACGAGAUGACCUCUGACCUUGUGGAUGAAGGAAAGGAGCUGAUUAAAAGAGAGAAGAGGAAGCGUCAACGACAGGAGGAGGGGACGACACGACGCAGAGUUUGGAAGGAACGUUACGGGAGCCAGAACUCUGAACCAGUGAGGAGUCGCAACCAUUCUGACUCCCCAGACUCGUCGCUGACCCCAGCCCGGGCAACCCCCCAGCGAGACUCGGACCGGACGGAGCUGCUGCCGGAUUCGGACUGCACGGAUUUCGCUGCUGACCCUGUUGCUGACAGUGAGCCGAACGCCCAACCGGGCAGGUACCAGCCAAUGGGAAGGUAUUUAUCCAUGUCCCGCAGCAGGAUUUUCGAUGAUGUUUGAGUAUUGGUCCCCUUGCCUGGAACCCCAACAUGUCCGGUUCUUGUGAGUGACUCCAUUCCACCACCCUACCCAAUCCUACCCCACCUUCCCUCUCCCCACACAUUCCCCCAUCAUCUCCCACCCCACCCUCAACCUCGCCGUGAGACUGUUCUCCUUAACACUACUUGAGCGAUUGGACGUUUCCUACUGCUGGUGGAAGGGUUUCAGCUGAAUUCGGGAUGACUCCUCCCCCAACAGCAUGUCACUGACCUGCCUGGACCAGAGGGAAUCCCCAGUCCGUGUGGCCAGCGGCAGGCCACCUCGUCCCUGCCUGUGUGCUGCACUUUCUUGCUGUGGAAUGUAGGGGUUACGUUGGCUUGUGCUGUGAUUAUUGUAUUCGUAGCCCUGAUGUAAAGAAUCACUGUAAUUUAUUGGGUGUCUAAUAAAUGGCUGACUGUUUCCUGUGCUUUCUUUAGCUUUACUAUUGUCUAGCAUACUGUUCAAGGUAAAUUUAUUGCCAACAUUCAUUAUGUCACCAUAUGCAUUCAUUUUCUUGCUGACAUACUCAAUAAAUCCAAUUAGAAUAAUAACCAUAAUGGGAUCAAUGAAAGACCACACCAGCAUGAGUGUACAAC